GCCUCCCGCUCGGAGUCGGAGAUAUACUCGGGGGUUCUUCCCAGGCCGAGCCGGAGCUGAGCCCGGAGGGCGGCGGUCCUCUCAACCUGUUCCUUCUGCUUCCCUCAGACUCGGUACCUCGGAAUUGGUGUGGCUGAGUCAGCAAGCCCUCAGAUCUGCCCGGUUCUUGUUUGCUAUUCAUAUCAAGAUGGGAGCUCAGACAAGUUACUGUUUCUGAGGAUCUGGUGCCUCCAUCAAGAAGGGACAGUUUGGUGCCAGCCCUUCAGUGAAGAGGAGGUUCCCCCCAAGGUGCUGGGCAAUGAACCUGAACCUGCAAGCCAGAGUGGUGUGAAGUCUUCAGAGAAAGCAGAAGAUGGCCAUGGCCCCAAGCUCGUCUCUGCCGCAGGUGUACCCUAGCCAUGCGGUGGUGGCUGUGUGGGAAUGGCAGGAUGGGCUUGGCAUUUGGCACCCCUACAGUGCCACUGUCUGCUCCUUCAUUGAGCAGCAGUUUGUCCGGCAGAGAGGCCAGCAUUUUGGACUGGGGAGCCUGGCCCACAGCAUCCCCUUAGGCCAAGCUGACCCCUCACUGGCUCCUUACAUCAUCGACCUCCCCAGCUGGACUCAGUUCCGCCAGGACACUGGCACCAUGAGGUCUGUGCGCAGACACCUGUUCUCACAGAAUUCUGCCCCAGGCCAGGGAAUCGUCUGGGAGUGGCUGGGUGAUGACGGAUCCUGGAUAGCCUAUGAAGCUAGAAUCUGUGACUAUCUGGAGCAGCAAGUGGCCAGGGGUAUCCAGGUCGUGGACUUGGCCCCACUGGGGUAUAACUACACUGUCAACUAUGCCACCCUAACACAAACCAACAAGACUUCCAGCUUCUGCCGGAGUGUGCGACGCCAAGUGGGGCCAGUUUACCCCGUGACUUCAGACAUCGCUGUCCCACGCCAAGUGGGACUCAUCUGCUUUUGCCAACAGUGCCUCCAUGGUAGUGGAACUGGCCCUGUGUCAGGUCGCUACCGCCACUCCAUGACCAACCUGCCUGCAUAUCCUGCCCCCCAAGCACCCCACCGGACUGCCACUGUCACUGGGGCUCACCAGGCCUUUGCCCCAUACAAUAAACCUUCACUGUCUGGGGCCAGAUCUGCACCAAGGUUGAACACCACCAACCCCUGGGGUGCAGCACCUCCUGUUCCAGGCAGCCAGUCCGUGUUCCACUCCAGCCUCUCCCACCUGGGGCCACAGCUCCUGUCCUCAGGACCAUCCACCUCCAGUGGAGCCAGUGCCUCCUUCCCCAGCGGUCCCUCCUCCAGCAGCCCAGGGAGCGCCCCUACCACUGUGCCCGUGCAGAUGCCGAAGCCCAGCAGGGUCCAGCAGGCACUUGCAGGCAUGACGAGUGUGCUGUCAGCCAUUGGACUCCCUGUGUGUCUUAGCCGUGCACCCCGGCCCACCGGCCCUCCCGCCUCCCGUCCGGCCUCUAAAAGUCACAGCUCAGUUAAGAGGCUGAGGAAAAUGUCCGUAAAAGAAGGGAUGCCUAAGCCCGAGCCGGAGCAGGUGAUCAGAAAGUACACUGAGGAGCUGAAAGUGGCCCCUGAAGAGGAUUGCAUCAUCUGUAUGGAGAAACUGUCAGUGGCUUCUGGGUACAGUGAUGUGACUGACAGCAAAGUCCUCGGGCCCAUGGUCGUGGGCCGCCUCACCAAGUGCAGCCAUGCCUUCCACCUGCUGUGCCUGCUGGCCAUGUAUUGCAACGGGAACAAGGAUGGGAGUCUGCAGUGUCCGUCCUGCAAAACCAUCUAUGGGGAGAAGACUGGAACGCAGCCCUGGGGGAAGAUGGAGGUGUUCAGGUUCCACAUGUCCCUGCCAGGCCACGAAGACUGUGGGACCAUCCUCAUUGUUUACAAUAUCCCUCAUGGCAUCCAGGGACCGGAGCACCCCAGCCCUGGGAAACCGUUCACUGCCCGAGGCUUUCCCCGGCAGUGCUACCUACCAGAUAGCCCUCAGGGCCGCAAGGUCCUGGAGCUCCUGAAGGUGGCCUGGAAGAGAAGACUCAUCUUUACCGUGGGGACUUCCAGCACCACGGGUGAGACCGACACUGUGGUGUGGAACGAGAUCCACCACAAGACGGAGAUGGACCGCAACGUGACAGGCCAUGGCUACCCGGACCCCAACUACCUGCAAAAUGUGCUGGCCGAGCUCGCUGCCCAGGGAGUGACCGAAGACUGCCUGGAACAGCAGUGACCUUCGGGCCCGCCUCUGUCAACUACCCCAAAGCCCCUGGGCGGGUGGGCAGGAAGGUGUGCCUUGUUGAGAGGCAAAAGUGUUUGUUGGGUUUGUGUAGCCCACUGGGGUUGCACCUCCCUCUUAAAGUUUGGGCUUCUUGCCUCUCUGCCACCAUCCUGUCUGGGCUGGGGUCUGCCUGGAAAAUGGGCGCCCUCGGUAUUGUACUUGUGGAAGCGUAAGCUGGAGCUACCUCAGUGCACGGACGGGAUGGCCCAUCCAGCUCUGGGUGGACUGGUGACCCAGCAAGCGGUGAGCAGGGACGACCAUACUCCCAGCUUCUGGCCGGCUUUGCAUACCUCAGAUCUUAUUUGCAAUAAAGACCCUAUAGCCAACGUG